UCGACAGCCAGCCUCCACCGCGAGUAAACAGCUGACAGGAAACGCUACCACUUUGAACGGAAAGGAGGAGCAGCUUUUAUUGUCGCCUGAGAGCUGCUGUAAUGGCGGUGCCUCGUCGCUCCUCGCAGCAGCAACAACAGCAAAGUACCUUACAGUCUCCGCCGAGAAACAGCUCUAUUUCAGGCGCUCCUCCGGCCUCUCCGCCGAUGGCUCUGCUGACCUCGGCCGUCGGACCCCCGGAGACCGAGAGAGAAUGCAGCGGAGGGAUCGAGAUGGCUAUGGCCUCCCCGGACCUACCCGCCCCGGUCCUGGCCAGCAGUGCGAGCUUCUCCACGACAACCUCUGGCGGCGGCAGCAGCAGCGUCUCCAGCCCCGGCUCCGGAGCUACCAGUCCUACUGACGGUAGCAGCGGCAUCGGCGGGGCGUUCAGGGAGUUGUUCGAGGCCUGCCGUAACGGGGAUGUAUCCAGAGUAAAGAGACUUGUCGAUUCGGUGAAUGUAAACGCGAAAGACAUGGCUGGUCGAAAAUCAACUCCCCUUCAUUUCGCUGCGGGUUUUGGCAGAAAAGAUGUGGUGGAGCACCUCUUGCAGACAGGGGCCAAUGUUCACGCCAGGGAUGACGGAGGACUUAUCCCCCUGCAUAAUGCCUGCUCUUUCGGCCACGCAGAAGUUGUCAGCCUCCUCUUGUGUCAAGGCGCAGACCCCAAUGCCAGAGAUAACUGGAACUACACUCCGUUACAUGAGGCUGCCAUCAAGGGAAAGAUAGAUGUUUGCAUUGUGUUACUCCAACACGGAGCUGAUCCAAACAUCCGCAACACUGAUGGCAAAUCUGCUUUGGAUCUAGCUGACCCUUCAGCCAAGGCUGUUCUCACUGGUGAAUACAAGAAGGAUGAACUUCUGGAAGCAGCAAGGAGUGGAAAUGAAGAAAAGCUGAUGGCACUGCUGACUCCAUUAAAUGUCAACUGCCAUGCCAGCGAUGGCCGCAAGUCAACAUCCCAAAAAAUGCUGUCGACACCCCUCCACCUGGCUGCCGGCUACAACCGGGUCCGCAUCGUUCAGCUCCUUCUCCAGCAUGGAGCUGAUGUUCAUGCCAAGGACAAAGGUGGCCUGGUUCCUCUUCACAACGCCUGCUCCUACGGUCACUUUGAGGUCACUGAGCUUCUGCUUAAACAUGGAGCCUGUGUGAACGCCAUGGACUUGUGGCAGUUCACUCCUCUUCACGAGGCAGCGUCUAAGAACCGAGUGGAGGUCUGUUCCUUGCUGUUGAGCCACGGGGCUGACCCCACACUGCUAAACUGUCACAGCAAGAGCGCCGUGGACAUGGCCCCCACUCCAGAGCUUAAAGAAAGGCUCACCUAUGAGUUCAAAGGUCACUCGCUGCUGCAGGCAGCCCGGGAGGCAGACAUGGCCAAAGUGAAGAAGACGCUGGCUCUGGAGAUUAUCAGCUUCAAACAUCCUCAGACCAACGAGACAGCUCUGCACUGUGCUGUGGCUUCCCCUCACCCGAAGAGGAAGCAAGUGACUGAGUUGUUGCUGCGUAAAGGUGCCAACAUCAACGAGAAGAACAAAGACUUUAUGACUCCCUUGCAUGUUGCUGCUGAGAGAGCUCACAAUGAUAUCCUGGAGGUGCUGCAGAAACAUGGAGCAAAGGUAAAUGCCGUGGACACACUAGGUCAGACAGCUCUUCAUAGAGCUGCACUGGCUGGUCACAUCCAGACCUGCAAGCUGCUGCUGAGCUACGGGGCCGACCCGUCCAUCGUGUCACUGCAGGGUUUCACCGCUGCUCAGAUGGGCAACGAGGCUGUACAACAGAUUCUUAACGAAAAUGUUCCCACACGUAAUUCUGACGUGGACUACAGAUUUCUGGAGGCGGCCAAAGCAGGGGAUCUGGACACAGUGCAACAACUUUGCACCCCACAGAAUGUAAACUGCAGGGACUUGGAGGGCCGCCACUCCACUCCUCUCCACUUUGCCGCUGGCUACAACCGAGUGGCUGUCGUUGAAUACCUGCUACACCAUGGAGCUGAUGUCCAUGCCAAAGACAAGGGUGGUCUGGUUCCUCUCCACAACGCAUGCUCCUAUGGUCACUACGAAGUGGCUGAAUUGCUGGUCAGACACGGAGCUUCAGUCAAUGUGGCCGACCUGUGGAAAUUCACGCCACUUCAUGAGGCUGCAGCCAAAGGCAAAUAUGAGAUCUGCAAACUGCUGCUCAAACACGGAGCCGACCCAUCCAAGAAGAACCGUGACGGCAACAUGCCGCUGGACAUGGUGAAAGAUGGAGACACAGACAUCCAGGACCUGCUGAGGGGUGAUGCCGCCCUGCUGGACGCUGCCAAGAAGGGCUGCCUGGCCCGAGUCCAGAAACUCUGCUCCCCAGAGAACAUCAACUGCAGAGACACGCAGGGACGCAACUCCACACCACUCCACCUCGCAGCUGGCUAUAACAACCUUGAGGUGGCAGAGUAUCUGCUGGAGCAUGGGGCUGAUGUCAACGCCCAGGACAAAGGAGGCCUUAUUCCUCUUCAUAAUGCUGCUUCAUAUGGGCAUGUGGACAUUGCAGCCCUGCUGAUCAAGUACAAUACAUGUGUGAAUGCUACAGACAAAUGGGCUUUCACACCCCUCCAUGAGGCAGCCCAGAAGGGUCGUACACAGCUCUGUGCGCUGCUGCUGGCUCAUGGAGCCGAUCCCACCAUGAAGAACCAAGAGGGCCAGACUGCCCUGGACCUGGCCACGGCUGAUGAUAUCCGGGCCCUGCUGAUGGACGCCAUGCCACCAGACGCCCUGCCCAGCUGCUUUAAGCCCCAGGCCACAGUGGUCAGCGCCUCAGUCAUUUCCCCCGCCUCCACGCCAUCCUGUCUGUCGGCCGCCAGCAGCAUAGACAACCUGGCCGGACCACUCACUGAGCUGGCUGCUGCUGCCGCCUCUGGGUCCUCUGGAGUGGCAGACGGAGCCACAGGCACCGACCGCAAGGAAGGGGAAAUUGCAAUGCUGGACAUGAAUAUAAGUCAGUUCAUGAAGAGCCUGGGCCUGGAGCACCUGAGGGACAUCUUUGAGAGGGAACAGAUCACCCUGGAUGUGCUGGCUGACAUGGGUCACGAGGAGCUGAAGGAGAUUGGAAUUAAUGCCUAUGGCCACCGACACAAGCUUAUCAAGGGUGUUGAGAGGCUGCUGGGCGGCCAGCAAGGUGCCAACCCCUACCUGACAUUUCAUUGUGCCAACCAGGGCACCAUCCUGAUAGACCUCGCCCCAGAUGACAAGGAGUACCAGUCUGUGGAGGAGGAGAUGCAGAGCACCAUCAGAGAGCACAGAGACGGUGGCAACGCUGGUGGUGUGUUUAGCAGAUACAACAUCAUCAAGAUUCAGAAGGUAGUAAAUAAGAAGCUGAGAGAACGUUACACCCACCGGCAGAAGGAAAUCGCUGAUGAGAACCACAACCACCACAAUGAGCGGAUGUUGUUUCAUGGUUCCCCGUUCAUCAACGCCAUCAUCCACAAAGGCUUUGAUGAGCGCCACGCAUACAUAGGAGGGAUGUUUGGAGCAGGGAUCUACUUUGCAGAGAACUCCUCAAAGAGCAAUCAGUACGUUUACGGCAUUGGUGGAGGCACGGGCUGCCCGACGCACAAAGACCGAUCCUGCUACCUGUGCCACAGGCAGAUGCUGUUCUGCCGAGUGACCCUGGGGAAGUCCUUCCUACAGUUCAGUGCCAUGAAGAUGGCCCACGCCCCCCCAGGACACCACUCAGUGAUCGGGCGGCCCAGCGUUAACGGCCUGGCCUACGCUGAAUACGUCAUCUACAGAGGAGAGCAGGCCUACCCAGAGUACCUCAUCACCUACCAGAUCCUUAAACCAGAGAGCGCAGCCCAGUCUGCAACAGGAGCUGAGCAGAAGUCGUAGUUAUUUACAUCACACACACACACACACACACAAGGACUCGAUGCUCAUUAUUUUCUCCUUUGUAUUACCUAAACACCUUUUAUUUACCAAACACAUUUCCAGUCUCCUGUCCAGUAGAACCCAUGGUGACCAGUGCUUCAUGAGCAGAUAUGCUGUAUAAUACUCUCCUACUCGUGGUGAUGACACACGUUUUGUUUUAUUUUUUUGCAUCGGCUGCAUGUUAAUAGAGAAGCAUGUAAGGCCCAAUAACGUGCGUGGGUUAGUUCUUUGCCCCUCCCCUUCUCACCAAUCAGGCGGAUGCUUGUAGAGACUUUGAAGUAUCAGCAUUAACAGUUUGCCACUCUUUGUCGCCUCAUGACUUGUGACUGUGUGCAGAAUCACCGACCCCUCACCUCUAUAUAUCUAUACACACACACACACACACACAUACACACACACACACACACAGUCUCACUGUCAAAGCCUGAAACCUGUGGACAACUACUGCCCAACCGUAUCUUGGUUCAUCCUAUAUAGAAUGGCCUCUGGUAACUGUGAUUUCAAAGCUAACCUAUAACACUACCAAACAGGUAACUGUGCAUUGUUGCUAUGCUGUCAUGCUAACUGUCCGAACUUUCACCCCAAGAACACUACGAACACUGAACUGGAAUGAGUUGAGGGGUUUUUUUGUGGUUUUAUUCAGGGCUGGACGUGCUAAGUUGAGAAGGGGCUCUGUCAAAUCACAAAAGUUGAGACUAUUUUAUUGUCAUUACAAUAUUGAUUUGUAUGAGAGACGAUGUGUGCUCAGUGACAAAGCUGAAAUGCAAUGUAAGGCAUCAUUGUUACACAAGGGUAUACUAAAGGUGUGGAUGUUGUACAUUAAAAGCAUUAUAUAUAUAUGACUGUGCUUCAAGACAGUAUAGUCGGUAAAUGUUCGGUGUUGCAAUGUGCUUGUGAUGCCUUACAAGUUAACACCCGAUAGCCAGUGAACCCAUCAAAGCACCCUUUCUGUCGCCAUGGUCUUAUUCACAGACAUCCCACAUAUAAGGAUUUGCACUUUUACAUAGAAACCUAUUUAAGUUAUUUUGAAUUUAAAUUGCAAAUUUGCAGGAAAAAAUAUUUGUACAGGUUGUGUAAAUGGUUGUGUAUAACUGUUGCUGUUUAACAGUAUCUUUGAGUUCAACUGUAAAUGACAUGAAUUUUCCUUUCAUGCCUUCUUGAUUCUCCCAACUUUUUUUUUUUUUUAAAUAAAUGUCCCAUUAACAGCGA